AACCAUGCGCCUUCUCCAAUGUAACGAGACUGGUGAUAUUAGUCUCACCAAGGACUUGGUCGGCGACGAUCCAAUUCCUUCUUACGCCAUACUAUCUCAUACAUGGGGACUGGAUACCGAGGAAGUUACCUUUGAGGAUAUGACGAAUGGCACUAGCGAGAAAAAGGCUGGCUAUGAGAAGAUUCGAUUCUGUGGAGAACAGGCUAGAGAGGAUGGCUUGCAAUACUUUUGGAUUGAUACAUGUUGUAUCAAUAAGAAGAACUACGCCGAACUCUCACACGCAAUAGGGUCCAUGUUCCGCUGGUACCCAUGGUUCACUCGGGGCUGGACGCUUCAGGAGCUCCUUGCUCCAGCUUCGGUCGAAUUCUUCUCCCGAGAACGCAAGCGACUUGGAGACAAAAGCUCGCUACAGCAACAGAUCCACGAGAUAACGGGCGUUUCAAAGUCAUCGCUUCGUGGAGACCCUUUAUCUCAGUUCAGCGUCAAUGAGCGAAUGUCGCGGAUAAAUUCUCGCCAGACCAAACUUGAUGAAGACAAAGCCUACUCAUUACUAGGCAUUUUCGGCGUCUACAUCCCCCCUCGGUACGGCGAGGGGAUGACGAGUGCUUUCAAACGCCUCGAGGAUGAGAUUAACAAGCUGGAGAAAUGUACACGAGAUCUCCGCCUUACCGAUCCCCGCGAUGACAAAAAGCGUAUCGAAGAGUCUAAGGGUGGCUUGCUUGAGGGUUCAUACCGCUGGAUUCUUGAAAACCGUGACUUCCAACAAUGGCGUUACAGCCAGCAAAAUUGGCUGCUAUGGAUCAAGGGCGAUCCCGGAAAGGGCAAGACGAUGCUGCUCUGCGCCGACUCGGAUCUUCUAUCCUACUUCUUCUGCCAGGCGACUGACUCCAGCAUCAACAACGCCACGGCCGUGAUGCGGGGUCUGAUCUAUCUGCUUGUCGACCAACAACCAUACCUCAUCUUGCAUGUACGAAGGAAGUACGAUGAAGCUGGUAAAACGCUCUUUGAAGACUCUAAUGCUUGGACCAAAAUUUGGACAACACCUUUUUUAAUUUUCGAUGCACUAGACGAAUGCAUAGAAGGCUUGCCAAAAUUGUUGGACUUCAUCGUGCGGAUGUCUUCUGUAUCUUCUCGUGUUAAAUGGAUCAUCUCUAGCCGAAACUGGCCGAAUAUCGAACAGGAUCUCGAUGCAGCGACUCAGAAGGUGAGACUGUCUCUUGAGCUUAAUGAGAGCUCCGUCUCCGCUGCCGUCACGUCAUACAUCCAGUUUAAGGUGGAUCGGCUAGCGGAGCGAAACAGAUACAGCAGCAAUACACGGGGCAUUGUCCAGCGCUACUUGUUGCAAAAUGCACACGGCACUUUUCUUUGGGUGGCCUUGGUCUGCCAGGAACUCUCCAAAACCUCGGGAUGGAAGGCUCAGCAGAAGUUGAUAGCGUUUCCACCGGGACUCGAUGCCCUCUACAGCCGAAUGAUGGAGCAGAUCGAGGAUUCGGAGGAUGCUGAACUCUGUAAACGUAUAUUGGCUGUGGUUUCGGCCGUGUACCGACCUCUCACGCUGUGCGAGCUGGAGUCUCUCGUGGACAUACCCUCCGGCGCAUUCGAAGCUCUAUCAGAGAUCAUAGGGCUUUGUGGCUCUUUUCUAACGCUCCGAGAACGCACCAUUUCCUUCGUUCAUCAGUCAGCGAGUGACUUUUUGGUCGAAAAGACAUACAACGAGAUCUUUCCGUCUGGGAUAGAAUAUAUACAUCACACCAUCUUCUCGCGAUCGCUACAGGUCAUGUCGAAGACACUACGACGCGAUAUCUUCGGCCUAAGUGCUCCCGGAUUUCCUAUUGACCAAGUCAAACAACCCAGUCCAGAUCCGCUAUCCCAAGCACGAUACUCGUGUGCCUAUUGGGUUAAUCACCUUCUUCACUGUGAUCCUAGCACGUGUGCCACAGACGAUCUCCAAGAUGGUGGAUCCGUCGACCAGUUUCUGCGUCAGAGCUACCUUUACUGGCUCGAGGCUCUAAGCCUCUGCAGAAGUAUAUCGGAAGGGGUAGUAUCAAUGGCAAAACUCGAGGCUCUAUCCCAAGCAAGAGCAGACGUAUCGGGAUUGCUCAACCUCGUUAAAGAUGCGCGUCGAUUUAUCAUGUCUUACAACCUAGCGAUAGAGAAUAGUCCUCUUCAGGCAUAUGCAUCUGCGCUCCUGUUUAGUCCAGUCUGCAGCCUGAUAAGGGGUCUUUUUAGACAUGAAGAGCUGGAAUGGAUCACUAUACAACCAUCGAUGCCAGCAGAAUGGAAUGCAUGUCUCCAGACGCUCGAGGGCCACAGCGGCUACGUCUUCUCGGUAGCCUUCUCGCACGACUCGGCCCGGCUCGCGUCGGCGUCGUACGACCGUACAGUCAAGAUCUGGGAUACCAGUAGCGGGGCCUGCCUCCAGACGCUCGAGGGUCAUAGCAGUCACGUCAACUUGGUAGCCUUCUCGCCCGACUCGGCCCGGCUCGCGUCAGCGUCGGACGACAGGACAGUCAAGAUCUGGGAUACUACUAUCGGCGCCUGCCUCCAGACACUCGAGAAGGGUCUGGGGUUGAGUGUGAAUAAAUGGUGCGGCAACUUGCUAUGGCGAACAUUUGGGAACCUUCAGGAUCGCUGA